ACAAUGUAGGAGCAGUUUAUUGGAGAUGCUGGAAUCUGCGCUGAAAGCUGGAAAUCAAGAAACACAAUGUGAAAGUUUGAGGUGGUAGUUCCAUCGAGAAUUCGUAUCAGCCAGGAGAGGGAAGAGUUGUUGGAAGAGCCGCACUGUGGGUAUAGGUUGGAGUGAACCUGUUGCAGCCUGAGGUCCUGCCCUAGUUCAGCUGGAGGUGGGAGGUGCGCUUUUGGAUUGCUUAGGGAUUAAACAGACAGGAAGUACCCCCUCCCCCCCGCCGGAUUACAGAGCCGGCAAGCGGGUUACAUCAACACAUUUCAAACAAGCUGCUUGCUCACUCCCCUGGCUUUCAGUCCGACUGAAGGCAGUAACGUCAGCCCUUGAUGUGAGAGCAGCCUGGAAGCGCUCUAAACCCAUCGAUCGCCCAGUCUCACUAGCAACUCCAACCAGGUACUUUGGUCAUGAUGAAGAGUAUUGUCCAGCCAAUAGCAGUGUGGGAGAGGAAAGCACCAUCUCACUCAAUCUGUGCUCUAAUGUUAACUGAUGAUCAGCGAACUAUUGUGACAGGGAGUCGGGAAGGGCAGAUUUGCCUCUGGAAUCUGUCUGCUGAUUUCAAGACGCUACCAAGAAUCUUCCUGUUUGGUCACACUUCUCCCAUUACUUGCCUUGGCAAAGCAAGUGAAAAGCAACCAUGUGUUGUCAGUGCAGCUGAAAAUGGGGAGAUGUGUCUCUGGAAUGUUACCAGUGGCCAAUGUAUAGAACAUACAAAACUGCCCUUCACCCACACUGCAAUCAAUUACUAUUACCGUUCAUUUCGGAUGUCUGGAGAUGGCUGGUUGCUCUGUUGUGGACAGUAUCAGGAUGUCCUGGUUAUUGAUGCAUGCACCCUGGAGCUUUGCCAUGCUCUUGUUUCAUCUGCCACACCCGACUGGAUCAGCUCAAUGUGUAUCGUCCGUUCUCAAAGGAUUCAAGAGGAUUCCUUAGUGGGCAUAUCAGUGACAGGAGACCUGAAAGUGUGGGACCUUUCUUCAUCAGUUAAUGGUAUCCAGGCAAGAGAGGAUGUUUUUGAAGCAGAAUCCAAGUCACUCCAAUGUUUUAAUUGUCAAGCGGUGUGUUUCUGUACUUAUACCGAACGUUUGCUAUUAGUAGUUUGCUCUGAUUGCUGGAAGGUAUUUGAUUACUGUGACUUCUCAUUGCUGUGUUUUGUGAACUGCAAUACCGGUCACCACUGGGCGGGUGGGGAAGUCUUGGCUGCAAACAAAAUAAUCAUUUGGACCGAGACCGGGCAGAGCUACAUUUACCAGCUCCCUGACAGGUGGGGUCAGAUGGGGAAACCACGUGAAAAGUUCAGCAGCCUGUUUAAACCUGGCAUUUUUACUUCCCAUGGACAUUCAUUAACUGAGACUGUUUCACCUCGUCUGCUCUGCUAUACAUCAAAAGACGUUAACGGGAAGUUUCUCCAGGCAAUUCUGAUUUUUAUCAACGAGCGUAAGGAACCAUUUCAUAAGAUUCUGUUUUGUGGUGAAGCAACAGGAACUAUUUCAAUGUGGCACAUUCCUGAUGUUCCAAUGGCCAACCGGGAUGGUUCCCCUCAAGAGAUUCAGAUAGUGACAACGUUGAGUCUUCAAGGAGCAUUUGAACAACAUAAGACCUUGACAGAAGAAAUAACUGGUCAGCUUGGGGUCCUUCCAAAUGGAAUUCACACUGGUUUGAUUACAGCUAGUGUCUAUAUUCCCAAUCUUGAUAAUCUGGUUUGUGGAUGUGAGAAUGGGAGAAUUAUAAUCACUCUUGGUUUGCAUGCUGCCCGGGCUCAACUUCUGAUGGAACAUUCUUUGUUGAAAGCCUGGUUACCCCACAGGAUUCUGGUGGGCCACUGUGCUAAAGUCACCUGUCUCCUCCACCCAUUCAAUAAUUCUGCAACCUUUGACACAAGCUGGUUGGUCUCUGGAGAUGAAGAUUCGAAUGUGAUUUGGUGGGAUAUGUUCAAAGGAGAGGUUCUGCACAAAUUUGUGUUGCACGCAGGCCCAGUUCUGAAUCUGUCAGUGUGCCCAGAAGACUGCGGUCCAGAGAUCCACCAAUGUAUUUGCUGUUUAGCAAAUGACAAUUCUGUAGCAUUGUUGAGUCUUCAAUACCGAACAUGCUUGAUGCAUGCAAGAAAACAUCUUUCACCUGUAAAGAUAAUAAAAUGGCGUCCAGCAGAAGACCUCCUUAUAGUUGGAUGUGAUGAUGGUGCAGCUUACAUCUGGGAUGUUGAGACUGGUACUCUUGAUCGACAUGAGACUGGUGAUGUUGCAAAAGCAAUCAUUGCUUCAUGUGAUAACACAUCAUCUACAUUUGUGAAUGUGAUGGAUUCCGUAUCUUUGGGAGUGAAACCUCCAGAUCCGAUCAAGAAGAAGAACACCAGCUACAAACAAUCUGGCUCUUUCAAAUUCAGCUCCUCUUCACCUGCGUUCCAAACUGCUGAAAGCUCCAAAACGUCUGAGAAGUUUGCAUUUCUGGAACCGCCCAUGCAACCAUUCACAGUGCUGCCUGUGAAGACAAAAUGGAGUGAUAGCACCAUCCACGUUUUACUGUUUGAUAUCAGUGCCAUUUGUGAACAGAUGUUCUCACAUCAAGAGAAAGAGCCAAAGUUACAAAAUAUCAUCCCAAGCCAUGAAACAUUAAGGAGACUAGCUAACAUCGACAGCAAAAAACCACCAAUGUCCUCAAAAAGAAAUAGGACAACAACAUCUCCAUGUCAGCCAAAUGGUUCAGUUAAAGAUUUAGUCCGUGAGCACUUAUUUCAUAGUGAAAGUAACACAAACGGACUUAUAAGGGAAAGUGCCGCAAUUAGCAAACAAAAAAAUAAGUUCAAGGGUAUGAAAAGAGUUACACCGUCAACAGUAAAAAAAAUGGAUGUUAAUACGGCCAGAGACGCAGCUAAGUUACUAAUUUCCUGCCUCUUUCCCUGGGGUGUGGAUAGAGAUCUGGAUGAACUCUGCACAAAGCAUUUGGGCAUGUUUGAGCCUUGUUGUCCAGUAUCCUUUGGCCUUUUGUCUCCAGAUGAUUACUUGUCUCUCUUUUUGCCGGGAUGGUAUCAAUUCAAUCACGAGGUGACAAAGGAUUAUGUGUUCUGCAGCAAGAUAUCAAAUAAAGUUGUAGAACUUGCAAAACAGGUCUCAAAUAUUACCCAACUUUGCCCUGUCUCUGUGGAAGAGACACUAAAUAAUGAAGCAGAUGGAAAUUUUCAAUUAGAGAUGACAUCUUAUUUGCUGUCUGUCAUCUUGUUGGUCAACAUACAGAUGAGAAUGCCUUUGCUGUCCAAGGGGAAUGAAACACAUCACACAAUGAGGCAACAGAAAACAGAAUACCUACGAGGUAAAGCAGGGGAUACCUUCCCGUCAUCAAUCCCUGCAUUUUCUGGAGAAGUGAAGCAAAACAGAACCUUUUCUCUACCUUGGGGUUUAAGUAAAGAGAAGAGCUUCGAUACCCUUACAAACCUGAUCACUAGUUGGCAAGUCCAGUCAGUGGAGCUGUUGGAAGCGAUACAAGCUGUACUGCUAUCAGAAGUUCAAACGGUUUUCGGAUCUUUGAGAAAGAAACCGAUCGGUAGUCAACCAGCCAUUGGAGCACCGAAUGGCAGUAGCGAAUCACGGACUGACCAAACAGAGUUACAGGAAGCACAACAAAAUCCAAGCAAGGCAAUGUUUCCUUUGCACAACAUGGCCGUGCAUGACAGCCGCCCACAACUGGCAAAGCACCAAGAACCCAAGGACGUGCCUGACCGACGUGAUUCUGAGGAGUCGGACAGUCCAGACAGUCUGAGAGAGUGGCCUAUGUCGAGGAUCUGUUUUUGCAAAGUCUGCUGAAUUAACCAGGCAUCCACCACUGGUGACUUGUCCUCUAUUUAAGUGAAUUAUAUCAAAAUUGAGAUGGAUGAAAUACUCCAGGAUUUUGGUCUGUUAAUUACAAACAGGAUUCAUGACAUGGUACAGGAAUGGGUAAGGAUUUUGAGAUGGAAAAUAAAUAAUUAUAUGCAACAAUACCAAAUCCAUGUAUCAAACACUGAGAUGGUUUUCACAGCAUUUCUUGAUUUUGUUAUUUAGCUUAUAGUAUGCAGUUGUGCUGUCACAUAAUCAAUACAGCAUGCUAUUUAUUGAUAGUAAAAGGUAAAUAUCAGACUCAAGAUUAGUUUGCAAUCUUAUGUUUCAUGAAAAUAAAAUAGUCAAAUGUGUAGAUGAUUUGAACUCCUAAAUGUUUAAAGAAAGAUGUGCUUUUAUAUAGUCUUUCGUGACUUCAGGAUCUGUACUUUGCAGAAAUUUAACAUUCUAUGAAGUAUAAUGUAGCAGAUACCGUAACCAAUUUGAACAUAGCCAGUUCCAAAGAACUGCAAUGUGAUAGUGAUUAAACUUUUUUUAAUGAUGUUGAAUAAGAGGUAAACAUUGACUGGGACACUGGGGAUAACUCCUGUGAUCCUCCUUGAAAUACACCCACUUGAGAGGGCACAUUGCACUUAAGUCUCACAUCUCAUCUGGAAAAUAGUAUCUUGAACAGUACAGCCCUCCUUCAGGACUGCUCAGGAGUGUCAGCCAAAUUUCUUGUGCAAAGCCUUGACAUUUCUGAUUUUUGAUGUAUGGGUCAUUAACUCAAGUUUGGAGCAAAGGAACAUAGACAAUUCAGGUUAAACUGUGCAGAAUAUCUGAAAAACAUCACAUGGUAUGGGGAUGGAAAAGGGAAUUGAAGUGGGUAGUGUUAGGAAAUUGGAAAGAAAACUCAUAAUUAUUUAGUGUAGAAAGUAGCAUAGAAAAUGGGAUAUGUUUCAUUUUCAUCUUUGAACAGAUGAGAUGGUUGCACUUGUCUCUUAUGACGCUCAACAUUUCCAUGCUCUUAAGUACAACACUGUUAAAAAUGCAGCUUAAUUGUAAAUUGAACUAUCCCAGAUGUUGUAUUCAUUUUCUGAUAUUGGGUAAUUAUACAAAACAAUUGUGUAGCAAACUCCAUACAAGAAACAAAGCCUGUCUUUCAUUUAUAAUAAACUGAACGUGCAGUUACAUGGAAGCUGGUUUUAGCAGAGGCACAGUGGAAGAAAGCUCGAUGCAUUCAGCAACCCAUUGCACAUUGCUAAUAGUGAAUAGUUUACUCAAGUUUAAGUUUUCUGUUAGAUAAUUAGAGCAACAUCUCUUUAAAAAUUAUAUUUUGUAAACUAAUCUAUUAAUGUUUGAUAUGUAAAAUAAUACAAUUGAAUUGUUUAAAUUAUUUUUCAAAUUGUGAUAUUAAAAAUCCUGGUAUUAAAUUGUCCAAAUGGUAUGUCAAAUCCAAAGAAAUUG